AAGGAAGCCUUUAUAAAAGCUCAACGCCGGAAACGUGGGUUAUUUUAUUAUAAAGAGUUGUUUUGUUUAUCUGAAAUGUCUGGAAGAGGAAAGACUGGUGGUAAGACACGCGCAAAGGCUAAGACUCGCUCUUCCCGAGCUGGUUUACAGUUCCCAGUCGGCCGUGUUCACAGGCUGUUGAGGAAAGGCAACUAUGCCGAGCGUGUGGGCGCCGGUGCUCCCGUUUAUUUAGCUGCCGUGCUAGAGUACCUGACCGCUGAAAUUCUCGAGUUGGCCGGGAAUGCUGCCCGCGACAACAAGAAAACCAGAAUCAUUCCUCGCCACUUGCAGCUGGCAGUACGUAAUGAUGAGGAACUCAAUAAGUUGUUGGGUGGCGUGACCAUCGCCCAGGGUGGUGUGCUGCCUAACAUUCAGGCCGUACUUUUGCCCAAGAAGACCGAGAAACCAGCUAAGAGCAAAUAAGCUACGGUGAUACGUUCAUCAACACCAACGGCUCUUUUCAGAGCCACCCAUCUUUUCACACUGGAGCCUUUAUCCAUUGAGAUAUUCCAUU